CGGAGGGACACGUGGCAGGACCUGCUUCACAGGUGGCCAUGCACGCAAAUGUGGGGCAUGGGGACCUUGUUGGCCCUUAUCCAUCAACUUUGCCUGAGAUAUAGGAAGGCAUGUCUAACUGCCUACAAGUUAAAUACCAACUGCGUAUAUGGUUUGUUCAGUUCAUUUGGAUAGAGAAGAACAAAUUAAGAAGAGAGAGAGAGAGAGAGAGAGAGAGAGAGGGAGAGACGAAAUGGCCGAGACACAAGGGAUGAGAUUUGGUGGUGGCACCCCUCGAGGGGAACAUCAUCUUGCAGGGAAAAAUCCAUUUGAUGAUGAAGAUGACAUGCACGGGCAAUAUUGGCCAACGCCGACUACUCCGGCCUUUGGAUUUGGCUAUGACCAUGAAUACGAACACGACCACCAUGCGAAGAAAUCGGUUCUUGGAAAGGUGAAGGAUAAGGCAAAGAAGUGGAGGCAAUUUCUGACAAGGAAAAGGCACGGGCACGACGACGCAAAUUGGACACCCCCAUGGGGAGUGAGCCUAGAUGAAGACGACGACGACGAAGAAGACCCAGAAUACCAUGGCGCCCCAAUGUACGAAUCAGAGAUGGCUCCUGAAAUGUACAAGAAGGCAGAACCCACGUAUUGUUCAAAAACUUACACAACAAGUAAUUGGAAUAAGGAAUCAGAAAUGAAGGAAGCGAACGACAUACGGAAAGAACCAAAAUUGCAUCACCUUAAUUCCUUAAAGAAGACAUCAACGGCGGUCCCUCUAGUUACCGACAAACACAGCUUGAGUGAUAAACCCAUGAACUCAGUUCGUGGAAUGAACAAUCCUAACAAUAAGACUAUGUCUGAGAUGGUAACCGAGAUCCUCGUACCAGCUUACAAUAUAAUUACGGAGGCCACCUACAAUAUAGCCUCGAAGAUUCAAGACGCAGGGCCGCGAUAUGAAGCUGGAGCCAAGCAGAUGUGGGAUAAGGGGAUAGCAGUUAAGGAGUAUUUGGUGCACAAGCUGGAGCCUGGAGAGGAUGAUAGGGCGCUCUGUGAGGUUAUCACUGAGGCCGUGAGCCCAAGAUCGGACGGUCGCAAUCAAGCCGAGGAGAAGGGUAGUUUUGUGGAGAAGAUGAGGGUGGCAGCGUCUUCUUUGCAUGGUCAAGAAGAGUCGCAAGGGUCACCUAUCCCGGUCUCUACAAAUCCUUACACAGAAGAAGCUGAAACUGGUGGAAGGAAACUCCGAGCGUAUUCCAACUGAUGUAUUUCGGCUUUGACAUAUAAUUCUGUGAAGAAACAUAGAAGUCAUUACGUUACUAGUUUAUCAAUGUAUACGGAAAUUUCAGAGGAGAAUCCCUCGUGUACCACACUAGAAGAUGUUAUGGUAUUAAGUUUUCUAAGUUUAUAGUGGUUGCUUGUAAUUGAAUCAUUCAAUGUGUGAUACAGUUAAUGGUAUGCCACCUCACUGCUUUAGUGACAAUGGCAGGAUGUAUUUUCAAAUGUUCAAUAAAAAGAGAAAGAAGCAUUAAGAAACAAUUAAA